CAGUUCCCAACAAAAGUGACUUGUGAUGUGGUGGGAGGAUGCAAAGAGGGCAAAAGUGUUAUUUCAACUCUUCACAAACCCAUUUUCUCUUCUUUCUCCACCUUUCAUCAAAAUCAAACCAACAAAAUUUUCUCAUUUCUUUGCUUUACUUUCUUUUCACACACCCUUUCCAUUGUACCAAAGAGUAACAGAUAACACAGCACUAAGAGCAGCUCAAGACCUUCAUAUUCUCUGAUUGGAGAGAGACACAGAGAGAUGGAAAGUGUGAAUGGGAAGAGAGAACAGGAAGAAGCAGGGCCUUCAGAUGGAACCAAACAAGAAAUGACUGAGAAAGUGAGUGAUGCUUUGGAUGAUGGUAAAGCGGAGGAGGAAGAAGUGGACGAGGAUGAAGAAGGAGGCACUGGAGUUAGUAAAAAUGGUUUCUUUGUUCCGGGGCCUCUUGUUUCUCUCAAGGAGCAGAUCGAACUGGACAAGGAGGAUGAAAGCCUAAGGAGGUGGAAGGAGAAGCUGUUGGGUUGCUUGGAAAGUUUAGAGGGUCAAUUGGAUCCUGAAGUGAAAUUCCACUCCAUAGGAAUUAUUUCUGAGGAUUUUGCUGAAAUUGUUACUCCUUUACCUGUGGCCGAAAAUCGGAAUGGUUGUACUCUAUUCACUCUCCGAGAGGGAUCUCGCUAUCAGCUUAAGCUAAAAUUUAGUGUUCUGCACAACAUUGUGUCUGGCUUGACAUACUCCAAUACUGUGUGGAAAGGAGGGCUUCAAGUUGAUCAGAGCAAAGGAAUGUUGGGUACUUUUGCUCCUCAAAAGGAGCCAUAUGUGUAUACCUUGAAGGAGGAUACCACUCCCUCUGGUGCACUUGCAAGGGGUGUUUACUCAGCCAAACUAAAGUUUGAAGACGAUGAUAGAAGGUGUCACAUGGAACUCAAAUAUUUGUUUGAGAUAAAAAAGAGCAGCUAGUCCGGUUUUUCUGACACUGUUUUUAUGCUAUGUAUCCUCUUAAAAGUCCUUAAUUUUAUUUCUGAACAUGUGUUAUUGAUGCUACAGCUUUGUAUUUCUCUUUUCUAAUACACACAAAGGGAAUGGACUCUUAUGAAAUUGUCACGGCUA